AUGCUUGAUACGUUGCUGCUGCUUGCAGCAGCGAAGCGUUUUCUCUCCUUUCUCCUUAACUUUUACAUAACCAGCAACAGAACAGCAGCGCUGCAGCAGCCAGAGCUGCAUGCAGCAGCAGCAGCAGCAGCAGCAGCAGCAACACCAGCAGCAGCAGCAGCAGCGGCAGCAGCUGUACAGACACCGCAACCCCUACUUUUUUGGGUUCAGAGCCGCUCUUUUGCUGCUGCAGCGCCGCUGCAGCUGUCUCCGUCCGGGCGAGCGGCAAUAGGACCAGCACUAGGUUGCGUAGCAGCAGCAGCAACAGCAGCAGCAGCAGCAGCAGCAGCAACAGCAGCAGCAGAAACAGCAGCAGCAGCAACAGCAGCAGCAGCAGCAGGCAUUUGUUUCUGUGGCUAUUUAUAUCCUCCUUAUCGAGCUGCAAAGGGAGGGCGCGAUGCAGCAGUAGCAGCAGCAGCAGCAGCAACAGCAGCAGUAUCAGCAGCAGUAUCAGCAGCAACAGCAGCAGCAGCAGCAGCAGCAGCAGCAGCAGCAGUUUAUAUUUUUUCUCAACCCCAACAACAGCAGCAGUAUCAGCAGCAGUAUCAGCAGCAACAGCAGCAGCAGCAGCAGCAGCAGCAGCAGCAGCAGCAGCAGCAGCAGUUUAUCUUUUUUCUCCACCCCAACAAGAUGGAGGGCAACAAAGACGAGGCCAGCAGAUGCGUGGCCCUGGCGAAGCAGUCUAUGCUAGCGGGAGACUUCUCUAAGCAGCCAACAGCAGCAACAGCAGCAAACACAGCAGCAGCAACAGCAGCAACACCAGCAGCAGCAGCACCAGCAGCAGCAACACCAGCAGCAGCAGCACGCAGCACCACAAAACCACCAGACAGCGACGAGGAUCAGCAGCAGCAGCAGCAGGAGGAGCAGCAGCAGCAGCAGCAGGGGGUGGGGCUCAAUCUCGCCGAGCUCGUGCUGCAGGGCCUGCAGCAGCAGGAGCAGCAGGAGCAGCAGCAGCAGCAGCAGCUGCUGCCUAUACACCUGAACAGGCUAAACUGGAACGGAGGCACAGAUUCAUACGCUAGGGUUUUAUUUAUAAAUCUGGCGCUGAUGCUGCACCCGGAUAAGAAUAAAGCUCCCAAGGCAGAAGAUGCAUUUAAAAAGAGUGUACGAGAUUUCAGCCGGGCGGGGGCUGGCCGGGGUCACCGCGGGGCGCAGCAGUACCAAGAGUAA